AUGGCGGCGCCCGGGGCCGUUCGGGCGGCGCUCGGGGCCCUUCGUUGGGGAUGGAGAUGGAGGACGGGCCGGAGGGCUGAGGGAGGGACGGUGUUCGGUCGGUGGUCGGGUGGUUGGUCCCCGGCCGAGGCGUCUCCCGCCCCCGGCCCCUGGGGGCCCGGCCCGGCCCGCCUCGCCCACCGCGACGGGAGGCCGUCCGCCCUGCGCUGCUUCCUCCCGGACAGGCCCACACCCAACACGCACACACGGCGACCCCCCCUCACCUGCCGCACAGAGGAACAGGAGCUGCUGCUGGCCCAUCACCCCGACAUGCCAGAGAACCCCCGGAUCCUGCGGGUAGCUGUGCUGGGGGCCCCCAACGCUGGCAAAUCGACAUUAGCCAAUCAGCUUCUGGGCCGGAAGGUUUUCCCUGUGUCCAAGAAGGUGCACACCACACGGUGCCAGGCCCUCGGGGUGAUCACAGAGGAUGAGACCCAAGUGAUACUCCUGGACACGCCCGGCUUCAUCAGUCCUGCUAAGCAGAAGAGGCACCAGCUGGAGCCAUCGCUGCUGCAUGACCCGUGGAGGAGCGUGGAGGGAGCGGACCUAGUCCUGGUCCUGGUGGACGUCUCUGACAAGUGGACGCGGACCCAGCUGAGCCCCCAGGUGCUCCGCUGCCUCACCCACUUCUCCCAGGUGCCCAGCGUCCUCGUCCUCAACAAGGUGGACCUGCUGAAGGAGAAGUCCGUCCUCUUGGACCUGACGGUCACCCUCACCGAGGGCCUGCUCAAGGGUAAGACGGUGGCCGGCAGGAGGGUCCGGGGGAGCCCCGAGCCGGAGCCCGAGGCCCCAGCGGGGCACUCCGCCAAGACCGGCUGGCCCCACUUCCAGGAGAUCUUCAUGCUGUCGGCGCUGAGCGGGGACGAAGUGCCAACCCUGAAGGGCUACCUCCUGGGCCAGGCCCGGCCGGGGCCCUGGGAGUAUCACAGCAGCGUGCUCACCAGCCAGACCCCGCAGGACAUCUGCGCCAACGUCAUCCGCGCCAAGCUGCUGGAGCAUCUGCCCCAAGAAGUGCCCUACGGCGUGCAGCAGAAGACAGAGCUGUGGGAAGAGGGACCCAGUGGAGAAUUGGUCAUCCUGCAGAAGCUGCUGGUGGCCAAAGAGUCUCAUGUGAAGAUCCUCAUUGGUCACAAGGGACAGCUGGUAGCCCAGAUGGCUCAGGAAGCCACCGAGGACCUGAUGAACAUCUUCCUGUGUGAUGUGCAUCUCCGCCUCUCAGUCUUGCUCCUCAAAUGACCCGUCCCAUCUGACCUCUUCCCCCCGGCUCCCUCUGUUCUCCCCGGCCACCGCUCAGAGACCUGAGGGGAACCGCCUACAGCCCCUGCGUCUGGCUGUCCAGCCCUGAGGCCAGGAUCCCGUGGGCACACACCCCUGGCCUGGGUGACGAUGGGGGUCGUGGACUGGGGGUUCCUCUCAGUCCAGGCCCCGAUCCCUGGAUCCCACGGGCACACCCCCCUGGCUUGGGUGACGAUGGGGGUCGUGGACUGGGGGUUCCUCUCAGCCCGGGCCCCGCUCCCUGAGAUGGGUCUGGCCUGGGACCUCGAACCCCGCAUCGAGAGAGUGGUCAUGGAUGAGGUGUCCUUGUGUGUCUGGGCCUUGGGGGAAGCAUCUGUCCUGAGGUUGAGGCCUGGGCGGGAGCAGCCUCAGCUUCUUGAGCCCGGUCCCAUCGAGCUCUAUGCUCCCUGGGGGAGCCCAGCCCUCCCCAGGGGCCCCGGGCCCCACCAGGUAGAGGAGAGGGCCCAGGGCCACCUUUCUUCUCUACCCUCUCUCUAGGGUAAUAAAGUGACAGGAAACAAACACA